AUGAUUAGUGGUCGUGCUAUGUUGGUUUUCGUACCAUUGAUUUCCGUCUUAAUUACGAUUAUUUCAACAGCUCCAACACCUAAUAAUGAAUUAUAUACGGAAAUAUUAGACGAUGACUCUACUGAUGCAACAAUAACAACAACAGAAUCAAUGGUUUAUGAUGAUGAUAAAGAUACUUCGGAUGAAUCAACUACAGUCGAUUAUAACGAAGAAACUAUUUCUAUGCCUAAAGAUGCAGCUACUGAUGUUCUUAUUGUUAAUGUUACUGAACUAUCUGUUAUUAUUGAUGAUAUUAAAAAAAUGAGUGAUCGUCUUUUUGUCAACACAGAAUUUGAAUUAUCUGUCGUAGUAACAACUGAAAAACCUAAAUCUUCUCAAUCAAGCCAUGAUGAUGAAUAA